AGGCCGCAUUCCUUGCCGAGCGCCGCCGCGGCUGGAGCUGGGUUCAGUCGGCGCGGCCCCGUUCUGCGGCGAACUUUUUCUUAAUGGUAGGGGCGGUGAACGUUGUGGACUUGCAUCUGUCUCCUCUCUCCUGUGAGCGAGCGCAUCCGUGGCGGUGGCCGGCGUGGUGUUCGACGAAAUGCAAAUCUCGGCGAUGUUUGCAUCUCUCGUUACAUUAGAGGCAACAGAAAAUCACUGGUUCACAGAUUCAGACAGAGUCAAAGGAGCAUAUGGAUGGUCAUUAUAAUUUUAUGUCAUCUUUUGGUGGAUGUGGAUGCACUAAGAAAAAGGAGCUUAUGGGACAGGGCAUCUGUGCAUCAGCGACAGGAAAAGAGAGAUGAAUGAACGAACCUAAUCCAUCCAUCAGCAGCGUAACCAAAUCAGGCACAGGUUUGGGUAUUAAUUUAAAGCAGUGGAAGUGAUGAGCUGGGAGCAGGCCUAACCCUUUUCCACCAACUCUAGAAGAGCUCCCGCGAUCCAGUCAAGUGCCCUAUAAAAUCCAGCCCCGCUUGGCUUCACCCACCCUUGGGCUCGCAGUCGCAGCAACGAUGGGGAGGUCGCCGUGCUGCGAGAAGGCGCACACGAACAAGGGCGCGUGGACCAAGGAGGAGGACGACCGUCUGGUGGCGUACAUCAAGGCGCACGGCGAGGGGUGCUGGCGCUCCCUUCCCAAGGCCGCCGGACUUGUGCGCUGCGGCAAGAGCUGCCGCCUCCGGUGGAUCAACUACCUGCGGCCCGACCUCAAGCGCGGCAACUUCACGGAGGAGGAGGACGAGCUCAUCAUCAAGCUCCACAGCCUACUCGGCAACAAAUGGUCCCUGAUCGCUGGAAGGCUGCCGGGCAGGACCGACAACGAGAUCAAGAACUACUGGAACACGCACAUCCGGCGGAAGCUGCUGAGCAGGGGGAUCGACCCGGUGACACACCGCCCCAUCAACGAGCACACGUCCAACAUAACCAUAUCGUUCGAGGACUGGGGCCAGGGGAAGGCGCUCAAGUGCCCCGACCUGAACCUGGACCUCUGCAUCAGCCCGCCGUGCCAGGAGGAGGAGGAGGCCAUGCUGCUGAGGCCGGUGAAGCGGGAGGAGGCCGGGCUCUGCUUCAGCUGCAGCCUGGGGCUCCCCAAGAGCGCGGACUGCAAGUGCAGCAACUUCCUCGGGCUCAGGACCGCCAUGCUCGACUUCAGAAGACUCGAGAUGAAAUGAGAGCUUCCAUCCAUCUCUGUCUGUCUCUCUCUGUAACUUCACCCCUGAUAACACGCAGUAGUAGUAGUCACCAACUGAUUUGUCGCUCCAUUAAUUCUGUCUCUCUCUCUCUCUCUCUCGCUAUGUAAAUUAGCAUCACCAACUGAUUGAUUGAUCAUGGGCAAUUAAUAAUACUUGUUGCUGCUGCAAAUUGACAUUAA